GAUUCCAUCCGAAAAUGUACCCAGCCCAGGACAACCAUAUGUGUGCGACUAUCUGAACAGGCUGUCAAUUCCAAAGACCCUCUCCCCGAUGACAUGAUCCACCUUUGGUUCGAGCUGCCCACUGGAUGGAAAAUGAACUGUGCAGACUUGGAAGGCCCGGCAAAACCUCCCUACCCCGGUCUGGGCAGUGCUGAAUGCGAUGCACAGCAGCAGACGCUGUCUGCCUUAUUUGAUAAAUUCACAGAUUAUGAAGCCGAGAACCUUGGUGGACGUGAUGAGCUGAAGCGGUGCAUAAGCCGAACCCUUAACCAAACAAUUUUUGUCGAAAAUCUGAAAACCUCUCUGAUACGCGCACAGUACUACUACGCCCCAGAGCAGAAGACGGAAAUCCCCUUUCUGCUAGACCCCUGCAAACGUAACUGGAUAUCCUGA